AUGUCUUACAAUUGUCACCACAUUCUAGUUGCAGAGCUUGUUGGCUUGGAUCACAGAAAAACUGUCGGAGUUUUAUACCAAGUUGCAUUUACAGUUGGACUUCUGGCACUUGCAGGAGCGGCUUAUGUCAUUACUAACUGGAGAUGGCUUCAGCUGGCAGUCACUCUGCCAAACUUUGUGUUCCUGACAUAUUACUGGUUUGUUCCAGAAUCACCUCGAUGGCUCCUAUCCCAAAACCAGAAAGAUAAGGCCAAUGAAAUUAUUGAGCAUAUUGCUAAGAAGAAUAAGAAACCUAUACCUGAUACUUUACAGAGUCUAACUGCAAAUGAAGACAGUGGUGAUAAACAAGUUCCAUCUUUCAAAGACCUUGUGAGAACUCCCCAGAUAAGAAAACACACUUUUAUUCUAAUGUACACCUGGUUUACAUGUGCUGUUGUUUACCAAGGAUUGAUUUUGCACAUAGGAUAUACGGCUGAAAACAUUUACUUGGACUUUUUUAUCUCUGCUAUGGUGGAAUUUCCUGCGGCAUUUAUAAUAAUAGUUACAGUGGAUCGCAUUGGACGCCGAUAUCCUUGGGCAGUGGGUUGCUUUGUGACAGGUCUGGCCUGCCUUGUUACUGCUUUUAUCCCUGAAGGUUUACAAUGGUUAAGACUGAUACUAGGAUGUUUAAGCAGAAUGGGAAUUACACUUUCCUUGGAAAUGACUUGUUUGGUGAAUGCUGAGCUGUAUCCAACCUUUAUCAGGAAUCUUGGCAUAAUGGUCUGCUCAUCAAUGUGUGAUCUGGGAGGAAUAAUUACACCAUUUAUUGUUUAUCGGCUGUCAAAUGUCUGGAAGGAGCUACCACUCAUAGUAUUUGCUGUAAUUGGAACAUUUUCAGGAGUUCUUGUUUUGCUUCUUCCUGAAACUAAAGGACGGGCUCUACCAGAAACUAUUGAAGAAGCAGAGAAUUUGCAGAAGUAA